AUGUCAUUCUUUAACAUCCGUAAAAUAUUUAAACUGGGGUCUGAGAAGAAGAAGAAACAAUACGAGCAUGUCCGAAGAGAUGAGAACCCAGAGGAGGUAUGGACCAUCAUCGGCGAAUUGGGAGAUGGAGCCUUUGGGAAAGUGUUCAAGGCUCAAAAUAAACAGACAGGUGUGCUUGCCGCUGCCAAAGUUAUUGACACAAAGACUGAAGAAGAGUUGGAGGACUACAUGGUAGAGAUCGACAUCUUGGCUUCAUGUGAUCACCCAAAUAUUGUCAAGCUGCUUGACGCUUUCUAUUUUGAGGGCAAACUCUGGAUUCUGAUUGAGUUCUGUGCAGGAGGUGCUGUAGAUGCUGUCAUGUUAGAACUGGAAAGACCCCUGACAGAACCACAGAUUAAAGUGGUGUGCCGGCAGACUCUGCAGGCCCUUGUCUACCUCCAUGACAUUAAAAUUAUCCACAGAGACCUAAAGGCUGGUAACAUCCUGCUCACUCUGGACGGUGAUGUUAAACUAGCUGACUUUGGUGUAUCGGCUAGAAACACCAAAACAAUGCAGAGGAGGGACUCCUUCAUUGGGACACCCUAUUGGAUGGCCCCUGAAGUAGUCAUGUGUGAGACAUCUAAGGACCGUCCAUAUGACUACAAAGCCGAUAUCUGGUCACUCGGUGUCACUCUAAUUGAGCUGGCACAAAUUGAGCCACCCAAUCAUGAGAUGAACCCCAUGAGAGUCCUUCUGAAAAUAGCCAAAUCAGACCCUCCUACGCUGAUGCAGCCAUCACGCUGGUCCUCAGAAUUCAAUGAUUUCCUAAAGCGUUGUUUGGAUAAAAAUGUGGAUAACAGAUGGAGUGCAGCACAACUUUUACAGCAUUCAUUUGUGUCCAGUGUGACUGGCAGCAAGCCUCUGAGAGAGCUAAUAGCUGAAGCCAAGGCUGAGGUGACCGAGGAGAUUGAAGAACACAAAGAAGAAGAGGAAGAAGAAGAAACCGAAGUUAAUAUGGGCCAUAAACGUGCUCCCUCUGAUGUCAGUGUUGCCAGCUCUGAGGAUGAGAAAAUUCCACUGUCGCCCAGCUUCUUGGAAUCUGUCCCUGAGAAGGGUGAACAACAUCUCCCCAUUGCUACACCUAAUGAGGUCCCCGCACCUAACCACAUAUUGGUCACUAGCUUUGCCGAAGAGUCCACUAACCCUAAAGCCGCAGAGCAAACUAGAGAAAAGCAGCAGGUGACAGUGGAAGGAACAAAGGUGAUAGAACCAGGCAGGCCUGUGUCAAACCAACCUGCAAAGGAGACGGAAAAGCUUGAAAGCAGCUCUGCAAAUGAAAAGGAAGUUGAUGCCACUGAGGCUCUAGCCAAUCCAGAGCCCACUACAGAGAUUCCAAAAGAUUUGGCCAACACACAUGAGGACUCAGACAAGCAUGUUAAGGUAACGUUAACAAAUCAGAAUGAAGAUGGAGAGAAGUCUACAGUAGAGAUGAAAACCGUAGAUGAGAAGAUUCUUCAAGACAAGGUUAAAGAUGAUAAUUCAGACUCUGGUAGGAGCUCAACUGCAGAUAAUAACAGCUUGGACCUGAAUCUAUCCAUCUCAAGUUUCCUGUCCAAAACAAAGGAGCCUGGAUCUGUUUCUAUUCAGGAGACAAAGCGUCAAAAGAAGACAUUGAAAAAGACACGCAAAUUCAUUGUGGACGGCGUGGAAGUUAGUGUCACUACGUCAAAAAUCAUUACUGACAAUGACACUAAGAAUGAGGAAAUGAGAUUCUUGAGACGCCAGGAACUCAGGGAGUUGCGUUUGCUGCAGAAGGAAGAGCAGCGGGCUCAGCAGCAGCUCAGCAAUAAGCUACACCAGCAGAAAGAUCAAAUUUACCGCCGCUUUGAGCAGGAGACUACAAGUAAGAAGCGUCAAUAUGACCAGGAGGUAGAAAAUCUAGAAAGGCAGCAGAAGCAGACUAUCGAGAGGUUGGAACAGGAACACACCAACCGACUGCGGGAUGAGGCCAAACGCAUUAAAUCUGAACAAGACAAAGAAUUGUCCAAAUACCAAAACAUGCUGAAAAACCGGAAAAAGGAGGAGCAAGAGUUUCUCCAGAAGCAGCAGCAGGAUCUUGACAGUGCUCUUAAAAAAAUUAUCCAGCAGCACAAACAUGAGCUGGCCACCAUCGAGAGAGAGUGCCUGAACCACAAGCAGCAGCUUCUCAGAGCAAGGGAAGCAGCCAUGUGGGAGCUAGAAGAGCGUCAUCUGCAGGAGAAACACCAGCUGUUCAAGCAGCAGCUUAAAGACCAGUACUUCAUGCAGAGACACCAGCUGCUGAAAAGGCAUGAAAAGGAAAUGGAGCAAAUGCAGCGGUACAACCAGCGACUGAUUGAAGAGAUGAAGAACAAGCAAACUCAGGAACGAGCCAGACUGCCAAAGAUUCAGCGCAGUGAUGCCAAGACUCGCAUGGCCAUGUUCAAAAAAAGUCUUCGUAUUACUGGAGCAGGAAUGACACCGGAGCAGGAAAGAGAGAAGAUCAAACAGUUUGCAGUUCAAGAAGAAAAGAGACAGAAGAAUGAGCGACUUCACCAGCAUCAGAAACAUGAAAAUCAGAUGCGAGACUUACAGCUCCAGUGUGACGCCAACAUUCGAGAGCUGCAGCAGUUGCAGAAUGAGAAGUGUCAUCUGCUGAUUGAACAUGAGACACAGAAAUUGAAGGAGCUGGACGAGGAACAUAGUGUGGAACUGAAAGAAUGGAGAGAGAAGCUAAGGCCCAGAAAGAAGGCCCUAGAAGAAGAGUUUGCCAGGAAGUUGCAGGAACAGGAAAUGUUUUUUAAGAUGAGCGGAGAGUCAGAGUGCCUUAACCCUUCAGCACAAAGUCGCAUUUCCAAGUUCUACCCAAUCCCCAGCGUCCAAUCCACUGGGUUCUAG